CGCCGCCGCCGCCGCCCGCUCUGAUUCUGCGCAUAGGCAGCCCCCAAGCCUGUCAUUCUGCAAAAACACAGUUUACUCAACACACCACACACACACACACACACACGCGCGCGCACACACACGCGCACACUGGCCCCCCUCGCGCACACGCACGGAGGGCGCGAGCGAGCAGACGCGCACAGCCGGCGAGCCAAGUUCCGCAGCCUGGCAUGGCUUCUGGGGACCUUUACGAGGUCGAAAGGAUUGUAGACAAGAGGAAGAACAAAAAGGGGAAAUGGGAGUACCUGAUCAGGUGGAAAGGCUACGGGAGCACGGAGGACACUUGGGAGCCCGAGCACCACCUGCUCCACUGUGAGGAGUUCAUCGAUGAGUUCAACGGGCUGCACCUGGCCAAGGACAAGAGGCUCAAGUCGGGGAAGCAGUCUGGCGCCGCCAAGCUCCUGCGGGACGGCCGAGGACCCUCGGUCGAGAAGCUCCCCCACAGGCCCUCGGAUGCUGGCAAGAGCAAAGGGACUUCCCACAAACGGAAGCGGAUCAAUCCUUCCCUGUCCAAGCCCAAGAAGGGCUAUUCGGCCAAGCCCCCCGCGGGCGGGGACCGGGCCGCCAAGACGGUGUCUUACAGGACUACCCCCAGUGGCCUGCAAAUCAUGCCGCUGAAAAAGGCGCAGAACGGCAUGGAGAAUGGGGACGCCGGCUCCGAGAAGGACGAGAGGCCCUUUGGAGACGGGUCCCACCAGCCUGACCUGGAUCUGAACGACGUGGGCGAGCAGGACCUGGGCGACUGUGACGGGAGCCCCGCGGCGCUGGCGGAAAAUGGGCUGGGCUCUGCUCUGACCAACGGGGGCCUCGGCCUGCACAGCCCGGUGAAGCGGAAGCUGGAAGCCGAGAAGGACUACGUCUUCGACAAGAGGCUCAGGUACAGCGUCCGCCAGAACGAGAGCAACUGUCGGUUUCGGGACAUCGUCGUGCGGAAGGAAGAGGGCUUCACGCACAUCCUGCUGUCCAGCCAGACCUCGGACAACAACGCGCUGACCCCCGAGAUCAUGAAGGAAGUGCGGCGUGCGCUCUGCAACGCAGCCACGGACGACAGCAAACUGCUGCUCCUCAGCGCUGUGGGCAGCGUGUUCUGCAGCGGCCUGGAUUACUCCUACCUGAUCGGCAGGUUGUCCAGCGACCGGAGGAAGGAGAGCUCCCGGAUCGCGGAGGCCAUCAGGGACUUUGUGAAGGCCUUUAUCCAGUUCAAGAAGCCCAUCGUGGUGGCGAUCAACGGGCCCGCUCUGGGCCUGGGUGCCUCCAUCCUGCCCCUCUGUGACAUUGUGUGGGCCAGCGAGAAGGCCUGGUUCCAGACCCCGUACGCCACCAUCCGCCUCACGCCCGCCGGCUGCUCCUCCUACACCUUCCCCCAGAUCCUGGGCGUCGCCCUGGCCAACGAGAUGCUGUUCUGUGGGCGGAAGCUCACCGCCCAGGAGGCGUGCAGCAGGGGCCUGGUGUCCCAGGUCUUCUGGCCGACCACGUUCAGCCAGGAGGUCAUGCUGCGGGUCAAGGAGAUGGCCUCCUGCAGCGCGGUGGUGCUGGAGGAGUCAAAAUGCCUCGUGCGGAGCUUUCUGAAGUCCGUGCUUGAGGACGUGAACGAGAAAGAAUGCGUCAUGCUCAAGCAACUCUGGAGCUCCUCCAAAGGCCUGGAUUCCCUCUUCAGCUACCUGCAGGACAAAAUUUACGAAGUCUGAGGGCCUGGCCCUGCAGGGCCCCUGCCUUCCAGCUCCGCCCGCGUCGCGGAGAUCGGAGCCCCGUGUGUGCCCGGCCGAGGAGUCUGUCCGGCAUCCCUCUGUCCCUAGGGUGUGUCCCUCUCCUCGUGUCCUUUGCUCGCCCCUCGUUGGUUUGGUUUGUGUGAUGAUGGGAAACGCAGCGUACUCGGCCUCCCGCCCCGGGGCCCCACCCCAACCCCCAGCUGGCUGGAGGGCCCUCGAGGGCUAUCUCUUCCCAGGCCUUUGCCAGGCGCCCUUGUCUUGCCCCACUUGCUGAGAUGCACCAUCCUGGUCCAGGAAGGAAGACCGGUCCCCCCGCCCACCAACCCUUCUGACUCAGGCUGUGUCUACACAGUGCCUCUGACGUGGAGACUCAGCUGCCAUGGCUCUCUCUGGUUAAGGGCAGAUCCAGCGACUGGGGGGCGACCAGUCUUAGGGGAUUUUCCAGAGCAGUGAGCAGAAAGAACGCUUGUGUGGAGCUGGCCUCAGUCUCCUCUCUGACGCAUGUCUGUGUGACUUUUAGGGCUUGGUCUUAACAACCCAACCGAGUGAUUUACAAAACCCAGAUAUUGUACAUUUAGGAGCGUUUUGUUAAAUAUAUAUUUUUUAAAAUGAUGUAAGUGGAAAUUCUGAUAAUUUAUGUGUAUUAUAUGUAAAGCUAGUUUUGCAAAACACAUAAACUACUAGGAAAGCGGUUUUCUUUUUCCCUUUAAUCAGACUUAUUUAAUUUAUUUAUUUUUGUUUAUACGUUAUGAUAUCUGUUGUUCACACAGAUACUAUUUUCAUACUGCCCUGGACCAAAUCCCACACAGGGUUCGAGCUGUUUGGUGCAUUAUAGCAAUGAACCACAUUGAAGUAAAAUUCAGAGAGAUAGAAACAGAAUUUCUAGGAUUCAAAAGAACAGCUCUGCGCCAGAUUCUCUACGUAUAAAGCAGUUCUGUGAUCACCGAAUACUUGUUCUUAGGAGAAAUCAUGGAAAGGUCUUCUCUUUGCCCUGUUGCCUUUAAGGAGAUAAAGGGGCCUCCUGCCUGAAUGGUCCUGAAACACAGCCAGUCCCUAAUUCCCGGUUGUCAGGAACAGGUGGGGACCGGGCCCCCUGGGGGUUGCAUACUGUUGAGGGACACUUCUUCCUUUGGGGCUUGACUUUCAGAGUCCCUUUUCUCCCAGGGCAGUGGUGUCUGGUUGGGGCCUUCCAGAGAGGUGGGGGAGAGUCCCCACUCUAUGGAGCUGUCAGCAGCAGGUCUAAGUCUUUCUGCCUCCAGAAGUCCUGUUUUCAGGCUCUUUACUCCCAUGAGGGAGCAGUAACCAGGGAUUAGGCCUCUGCCCAUGGGCCACAGAGGGGCCCCAGUGUUUGUGUUCAGGCUGUCAGCCCAAAGUCCCCAGAUUGGCCAUGGGGGAGGAGGGGUUUUGGUCUGGGGCCUUGGUUUUGGUUGCAGAGGAGAGGGUCAACAUCAGGGUUCAAGCAGAGAAGUUACAGGGCCAUCUUCUUCUGUGUGGGGGUCGCACACCAGAGAAGGUUUGGUUCUCAGAGUGGCAGGAUCUUUCCAUUUCCACCCAAGCCCCCGAGUGUUCUCAAGGACCUCUGCUUGCCUGUUCCCUCCGCCCUCUGUCAGUCAGCAGCCCCUCCCGACCCUUCCUUGGAGAGAGUGGAGGGGCACAGCUGAGGAAGGGGAGGGGAGCUGAGGGAGGGUCAUUGCUGCAGUUCCCUCUCCCUCUCUGGUCCUCUUCCCUCCUCCGGAGGCAGCUGGACACCCUGGGCCGGGCAGGUAGAGGGGACUCAUGGUGCUGAGCUUUGCGUUUUGGAGGACAGGUGGAGUCUCUGCACUUGAACUAGAGACUUAACCUGGGUUCUCCAUCCUUCAGAUGGUCUUGGCUCCCUCUGCAGGAAGCCCCAUUCCUUUUCCUGUGACCUCAAGAGAAUCAGGGAAGAGCACACGUCUCACUUGCUUCUCCCUUCGGCAGGGAGACAACUGCCUUGGCUAAAUCCAUCCACAGGAAGAUGGGUUGAAGUCCUGUGUACACCACCCCCACCCCCUGCCCGCCAGCGUGGUCCACGUGGGAUCCUGUAGGAACUGUUACUAUAGGGAAACACCCUCCUUUGCCCAAAUGCCUGUGGUCACAUCUCUAUUUGGUUUUGUCUCCUCUGAGAAAGCCAAUGUGCGCUCUGUCAGAGCCCCUAGACAGCCUCCUCCUUGGCAGGUAAUUUCUCACCCAUCACUAAGUCGUCUAAAGAAAGAGCACCUUGCUUUCUGUUUACCUUCUAGGGGCAACCACUUCAUUGUCUCUAGCAGCAGAGUUAGGAUUCCCUUUGGAGAUGGAAGGCAAUGUUUGGAAAUUUCUUUGGCUCAAUGCCCAUCUUUGUCCCCUGCCAGAAAAACCAGAAGUGUUUUAGCUUUGGACUAAAACGUAGCUUUGGAUCAUCAAAUCCAAACUUCUAAACACCUCCAGGAUCUCUGAUGAUAAGGUAGGAACGUGAAACCAUCACUCAGGUGGAAUACCUGGGGCUAAGGGGCAGGUUCCACGUAUAACAGGAGAUGUUUUACCCGACAGUCUUGUGUUUGGGCUGUUUCCAUACAGUCAGUUCAAGAAGGAUGUUCCACAAAUUGGGCAAAAGUCAGUUUAAUCUGUUGGUUACAGGGUAGACCAAACCACUGAGUUUUUCACUUUCUGAAUAGUUGCUUUGAUAAUGCAGAGAUGAGAUCCAGGUAACUUAUGGCCAACCAACAUGGGCUGAGAUUCGCCACACCUGUGGCUGUGCCAAUGUUUGUCCUCCGUAGCUUUCUUGAGAUGGGGCCCAGGUUUUCACUUCUUCCCUUCUACCCCAGAACCUUCUCUCCAUCCACACGAUCCUUUCUCCCCUCUCUCUACGGCAUCUCGGCCCCUCCCCACCCAGUCGGUCACAUCCCAGAGCCUGGGCAGGUCUUAGAGGAAUUGCACUUGGUCUUGGUGGCCGCAUCCUGGGACUGCCUUUGGGGCAGAUGAGGGCACUUCUUUAGUCAAGGAGUCUUCUGCCAGUGCAGUCUGUGCCGUCCCGUGAGGCCCGCGUUAGGACUCCCCUCUCCUCCAGCCCCUGGUGAUUAGCGGCCAGGGUCUUGCAGUGGAAGCAUCUGAGUUAACAGCAUGGUUCAGGACGGCUUUUUGGAGAACUAUGCGAAGAUGGUCAGAGCUCCUCACCAUUUGAAUGGCUCGGCCUAAGGCUGAUAUGCCCAUAUAUCCCUUCCUGCUCUGAAAUAAUGUCUGUGGGUUGAAAACCAUCAAAAAUGACCCUCUAGGAAAUGAAAUUGGAUAACUCUAAGAAGCUAGUAGAGAAUUGAUUUAAAAUGUUAUUCUUGUUUGGUAUAAAGUAAACUGGGAAGUGUUCUCUCUGAAGCAUGAAAAUAUGUUUUUCCCAUGUGGAGUUUAGUAUGAGGAUGGAAAAAUGAUAAUCACAGUAGACUUUGACCAAUGCAACUCUAUUUCCAGAUGACCAUGUUGAAAAAUAGCCUUCACUGGAUGCUGAAUUGCAUUUCCCAUGAUUAACUGUUUGUUUAAAAAAUUUUUGUACACUUUUUUAAUUUGAAAUUUAGUCACAUUCAUGUAAUUUUCCAAGCCAGUUUCCGUGGAAAUUUUUUUAACAAAGAGAAAUAUAGAAACACCUUCAGAUCUUCUUAAGUGAAUAUUUAAAAUGCAGAAUUGCUUCUCUUCUAUGUUUCUGUAUUCAGAUACUGAGAUCUGUUGUAUAUAUUAGUUUAGACAUCCUCACUAAUAUACACAGUAUUUAAGACUCUAAAUGAGAUUUCUUAAGUAUUUUAUUUUAUUCUCUGUAAAUGGUUUUGUAUGAUCUUUAAAAAUCUACACUUUGCUUUUGUAGAUAUUUAAGGGAAACCAUUUGGGGGUUGUCUUGCAUGUAUAUUUUUGUUGUAGAUAAGUGUUGCUUAGUUAUUUCUGCAAAUUUUGGUUGAAAUGCUUACAGACUUUAAUACAGUAUAUAUAUUUUCAGAAUAUAAACUUUUAUAUUUCUGUGGUAAGUUAGGAUCUGCGUUUUAGGCAAUCUUUUCCAUUAAUAUCACUUGUUCUUUCAAGAAAUAGCAUUCUGGUUUGGUGCCAAUGGUUUUCUGUUUUUUUUUGUUUUCCAUUAGAAUCGCGUGCUCCUAAAUUGUUAGAGAGCUGGUUAAUUUUCUUUUUCUCAAAGUAAUUGAGUUUGAAGUAUAAUUUGAGAAAAUGUAUUGAAUUUGUGAAUAAGCCUUACCAUUAGGAUCAGUAAAAUUUUCCAACCUUUGCAACUACAUAUGUAGUUGAGGAUCUCCCCAUAAAUUCUCACUGUGUGGCAGUUGAUGGAGUUUGUGAACAGAGCCUUAAGCUUGUUGCAAAAAAAAAAAUGGUAAUACGGGUUGUUUUUUUUAAGCAGCGUAAGCCAUGUGGAUGGACUCUGUGCAGUCUGUAUGCCAUGGCUGAUCUGGAGAGUGCGGCUGAGUUGACGGCAGCAGGGACCAGUUAGACACCUGGGUGAUUGUCUUUGGCCAUACGAAGGGGCCCCGGUUCUGGAGCCCCCUUCAUGCUGUUCAUGUGGUGUAGACACGGUCACAGGGAGGGCUGCUGGUCCAUCAUUUGUUUUGAACCAACGGCAUUUCCUGCUCCUGACCUUGGCGGUUGACCCCAGGUUCCUUGCAGGUGACCUGGGAACGUCCAGUCUGGCUGCGGUCAGCACUCCUUGAGAGAUGUUAACAAAGUUUACAUGUGAGUCUUACUGUGUAGACAAUCUGAAGUUGAUUUCGGUUGUAUCAUCCGCAUUCCCACAUGUCCUGAGUGUCUUGUCAGUGAACUCGGUGUGUUAAGCCAUGCUGAACCUGGGUGUAGCAGGGCAGAGGCAAGCUAGCUGCACAACACGCAUGCCACCUGAGCCGGUCACAGUCCACUCUGGGCUGUCUGAGUGGCGCAUAAGUCGUGGAGCGCACUGGAUGGGCGUCCACCAGGAUCUGAUAAAACCAAGUAAAAUUUGAAAAUUAAAUUUAAAAAAAUGAUUCUUUCUCAUUGGCCAUGCUCCUGUAGUUACCUCCUGGUUCUCCUUAUCAAGGUUUCAAAGAUGAUCUUGAGACCAGGGCCAUAGAAUGGCUAAAGUCAAGUUAUUCGGUUCAUCUCAAAAUUCGUGCUCAUAAAGCCAACCUAUCUUCCACUAAGAUGGAGACUGGCUUCAAAUAUUUGCAGUGUGUGUAUGUCAAUCAGAAAAACUGACGUCUAGUUUUUAGCCUUUGCUCUGACCUCUCUGUGGGUUGACCCUGCCUCGUUGGCCCAACACCUGGCCUCACUCUGGAGCUCAUUAAGGUGACUCUGGGCAGUUUGGAGGGUGUGGAAUUUUCCGUCUAGUAUUUAAUAUGUCCCUGUGCCAUUAGUCCCAGCCUGAAGUCAUUUGCUGAUGCCCAUGUUGACAGGAUUGUGAAAAUAUUGCCUUUCAUAAAACCAAGGACCAAAGAAUUCCAUUAUUCCAGCAAAGCACGAGUUCCAUAGAUUGUGGGCACAUUUAGGCAGACGUGUGCAUACUUCAUGGCACAGAGAAGCUGCCCCCACCCACCAACCUCAUGCUCCCCCUGGCUGGCCCUACAGAGGGAUUUGUCAUCCCCUCGUGAAGGCUCUGAAAGAUGAGUUUCUCGGAUUGAAAUGCGCAGUCCCAGGCGGGUGUUCCUGCUGUGUAGUCCCAGCCUUUAUCCAUGUCAGUACCAUAGAGAGUGGAGGUCUGGCCUUCUUCAGGGUCCCUGACCAGUGUAUGAUUUGUCCAUCUGUGUAGACGCCUCCAGCACGUGUUCUUCAGACGUGUCUAGACUGAGCAGCCAGAUCCUACAGUUGCCAAAUUUCCACCUCCUUUUUGUUCUCCAUCAACCCAUUCCACUUCCUAUUUAGCCCUGGAAGAAAUCUCUUCACUUCUCACACUAGGUAGAUGCCCCAUGCUCAUCCACAAUGAAACCAUUCAACCAUCGGCCGGCUGAGAAAUGAUCUGAUACUGAAGAAGUGGGAUUCUAGUGGUAAGGCUUAUUACCAAACCUCUGAUAAUGAAGCAGGCUACCAAAAAACGUAUCCGGCCCACCCUGGGAGUGUUCAGAUUUGAUCAUGGAUCUAGCACACACACCAAAAUCCAAGGAGACCUUUGCAAAUUAGGCUACUCAUUUUCUUUCGCCAGGUUAUCAUGGGAAAGUCUUUAACUAGUUCUGAAUAUCUGUAAGUAUGAGUACUUCAUAGACUUAUAAAGCAGGUACACGGCCCCUUUCUCACCACGCUGUAAAUAUUACCUGAGACUGGGUGCAGUACUGAGGGAUAAUAAUCUUCUGAUUUAUCAAAUGCUGACUGUCUAGAGCAAAUUGUACACUCUCUUUGUGAAUGGUCCUGUAACGUGUAUGAACACAUUUCUGGGUGCCUUAGAAGUUGUAUUUUUCAUGUGUGCUAAUAUGCAGUAUUUAUACAUUGUGAGAAGCUGCUUUGAAUAAAAAGGUUGAAACUUGG